AUGAGUUGUUUUGGACGGAGGUCUAACAAGGCAGCUCGGAUCAAGUAUCUCCAGGCCCAACUGAGGGCAGCAGUCGAAGCAAACGACACCCUGCUGAAGGAGGUCCAGGGAGAGAAGGAUCAGAGGGUCAAGGAGGUCCAGAAAGAGAAGGACCAGUGGACCCAGGAGGUCCAGAGAGAGAAGGACCAGUGGAUCCAGGAGAUCCAGAGAGAGAAGGACCAGCGGAUCCAGGAGGUCCAGAAAGAGAAGGACCAGUGGAUCCAGGAGAUCCAGAGAGAGAAGGACCAGUGGAUCCAGGAGGUCCAGAGAGAGAAGGAUCAGAGGAUCCAGGAGGUCGGAGCUCAAAAAGAGGAGAAAACAAGACUGCAGGAGCAGACUCGUAUCGGAGAAGCUGAGAGCCGUAUAGAAGAGCUCAAGGCCUCGAGUCUGGAUCAGGAGACUGACAUGAAGAGGCAACAUGCAGAGAUGGAGAAGUUAAACAAGGCCCAGAAACAGGUGGAGACCUUUAACUCAAUCCUCAACCAGAAAAAUGUAAUUAUCACAAAACUGCGGGAAGACUUCACUAAAAGCAAAGAGGAGACGACGAAACUCAAGGGAGAACUGCAGAGAAUGACAGAGUUCUGGGAAGAAGCAGAGAAGAUGUCGACCCUUUCAGAGAGCACUGUGUCGGAGCUGAAGACUCAAAUCAAAGAGCUUCAAAACAACGGGACAAAGAAGGAAACAAGCCCCAAACUCCAGGUGAAAAACUCUAUUAAAUUAGACCUGGGGAACAUGGACCGAACCCCCCUGGCACAGUUCUUCGACACUUAUAUCCAGGAGCCACAACACGAUGCAGCCAAACAUUUCAGACAGAUGCAAGAUUUAAAUGGUUUGUUUGAGCAAAAGCUGCUGUCGAUGUCAGCAGAAGAAUCACGACACGGAGCUGGAGACUGUGAGGCAGAGGUGUGA